ACUUAGUACAUGUUUCACACGAGUACUUAGAGUCUUUGUGGUUUCUGUUUACUUAUCAUAACCAUUCUGUAUGUUUAAUCCUUAAUUAGAAUAAAGGGAAUUUAUUUUGAUGGGUAUAAUUUUGUACUAGCUGGUUUUGAUAAUUCGUACCCUUAGGGAAGUUUACCAGUAUUCAACAGCCCAGCGAUGGUCUACGCCAUUGUGCCCAGUGUCAGGACAACCAGGUACGGGCUGCAAUCCUUUAGGUCCAGUGCUCCUAAGAUCUGGAACUCUUUACCAAAUGAAGCUAGGCAUCUUACCACCUUAAGUCAAUUUAAAAGUUUUAUUUCCACUUGGUCUGGCCCCACAUGUAAUUGUAAAUCAUGCAGAUCUUAGGUCCAGUGUACGGAGCUUUAUAUGUUGCUUCUGCUCUUUUUGUCUAUGCAGCGUUUAUGUGGUGUGUUUGCAUGGCUCAAUAGACCUUUCUUUUCUAGUUUAUUAUUUUUUAGUUAAUUCCAUCAGCAAUGAAUUUUUGAAUAUCUAUACGAUUAAUUUACUACCAUUAUUGAUUUUAAUUAUAUUUAAAUUAUUUUCAAAAUUCUUAUACUAUUUAUCCAGCUUUCUACUUGAAACAGCUUACACUUUUCGCAAUAUUAGCAACAAACAUUGCUAAUUGGCUUGAAUUUUAAUGAUGUUUUUUAUAUACAUAUACUCUUGCUUGUAGUAUUUUAUUUCUUCCUCUUAAUCUUAUGCUUUCGUAUCUGUAUAUUCUUGCAUGAAAUGUUUUUCUUUUAUUUUGUCUUCUUUUGUUAAUCUGUGAUAUGUCUGUGUAUAUGUGUACAUGCAUGCUAUGUGUCUUUGUCCUUGAUAUACAUGUUUGUGAUAGUCGGUUAAAAAGCUCUACAGAGCUUGUGUUUGAUAUGUUGAAUGUAUAUAGAGCCGAUUUUAGAUAAAAUUUACUUUACUUUACUUUUAGUGAGGACUUUCUUCCGGGCAUGAUAGAAUUAUAAUAUGAUAUAAUUUCUGCGUAUGAUAAAUGAGCUACCAACAGAAGUGUGCUGAUAGGGAAUUAUAAAACUGUCCUUGCCUCUUUUAUUUCAAAUGACGAGUUAGAUUUCUGGAUGUGUCGUUUUGUGAACGAAACCUGAAAACAAGAUGGUGAGUACUCAUUCAUGCUAUUUUAAUGAAGUGUUAGUGAUGGAGCAUAACAGAGACUGAGAGAGCAUGAUUUGUAUUUAUUAUCUCAUCUCCUGUUUCUGCUGGUUCCCACCAACAUUAUUUGCUUUUUUUUUUAAAUUCAAUGUUUACUAAAUCAUUGGAACAUCAUGUUCAGAGGGCAUUUCACCCUGACCCUGAUUACUACUAAUCAAUGAUAAUUAUUGGUUUAAUAAUUAUGGUAGGGUUACUAAACCGUAAAGCUUGGCCUAGGGGUGUACUAAGUGAUUUGGUAAAGGGGAAAAUCUUUUGUGUGAAACAGAUACUAAGAACAGUUUUUUGACACCAUUCAUCGACAGGAUCAACUCAAUGCCUGGACAGGGGACGCUAUCUUGAAUCGUCCAGUCACUUCUUCCCCAGACGUCAAGCAAUACAGUAGAAAAAUUACCUUCUCCCGUCCUGUUUCCAGAAAGACACGGGUUGUUGAUAUGGGAAAUGGUGUUAGUAACAAUCCGGGUGCGCUGGCAGAGAAAUCUGAUAAACGUCAGAUAACCAAACAUGGCUACCAACAACUUUGUGACCUUUUGGGCGACUAUAGGGACAGAAAAACACCCUUAUCGGUGGACGACAUUGCAGCUCUCCAGGGAUUUCUCCCUACUACCCAGCAGGGUGAAUAUUCACAAGCAAGAGAGAGUUUAACAGCAAUGAAAAGAGAGCUUUCAAGUCUUCAGAAACAGCGCCAGGAUAUCUUAAACAGGAUAUCGGAAGUAGCAGGUGCCCGUUUGAAAUCCAAUAAUCCUGCUAUAGCGGACCUGAGUGACCAAAAUCGACCUAGUAAGUUGGCAGAAAAAUUCUCCGAACUUUAUGACAACGAAUGGACAGACGCGGCAGAAGAAAUGAAGAAGGUGAUGAAAUUUACCAAGGAAGAAGAUAGAGAUAUUGGUGCCAUCAAGUUCCUGUUUGACUUCACAAAGGCUACGUAUGAUCUGUGUAGGAAGAAGACAGAAGAGCAAUUAAGACAGGUCCAGAGCGCUGUUUGUUUUCACAAUGACUCUCGGGACUUGUCAGUGGAACUGGAUAGAAAAUGUCGGGAUUUGAUCCGGGAGCACUGCGAGGUUUCUCUCUGUCAAGCUGUAGAGGUACUUCCAGCUGAUGUUAUUAAAAGUUUGCCAAUCUCUGAAGAACUUAAACUUAGUAUGGACCAACUGAAAAACGGCACACACACCAUGGUCUUCUUUAAACUGUGUACACGCCUUUGUUGGAUGAUGGCACUUCAAGAUCCGCCUAUCUGUAUGGUUACAAACACCGACUCCACGGAGAUAUACCGAGCAUACACGAGGUCUGGUGACGUCAUAGAGUAUGUCGUAUGGCCAAGUCUUUUGUUACAUGAAGAUGGACCUCUUCUUUACAAAGGAGUCGCUCAGUUCAGGAGAAAAAGUGCCGCUAAUCCACAGGUCACGACUGAAGCCAAGCCUUCCAGUGACAGCCGUGAACAUGAAACCCCUUCCAUUGAAUCAUCUUCAGAUUAUGAAAAUGUUAAUUUUGUAGAAAAGGACACAAAUUCUAACAAUAUUAGAGGUACUGUGAAUAUCAACAUGAAGAGCGAAGGGGGAGAGUCACCGAGUCAGACGCAAAAAGGAAAGUAUAGAUACGUAAUAACAGUCGGUAAAAUAUCAAACGACGAAGUGUGAUCAGAGACAAUGGAUGUAUUAUCCUAUCCUUAUAUCAUUAUGAAUGUACUCGAAAUAUUGUCAAACUGAAAACCGGUUGGACUGCAUAUGCAUUGUACUUUUGUUUUGUCAAAAUUUCUGGGGUAACUUGUCCCUUCCUCCGGAGAAUUCAACUAAAUUACCCACAGCAAUAAUUCUCUAUGUUUGACACCAUAUGCGGAAAAAGAGUGUAUUAUACAAGACAUAACUCACACGCGCGCACGCGAGCCCAAACAUGGCAUAAGGAGAAUUGCACAUACAACAGGCGCGUAGCCAAAAAGAAAAUGAAGUGUACGUUGUUUUCGACUGGUAUACAUGGUAAAUGUUACUGAUGCAUGUAGCAUAAUAUUCUAUUCUGUCUACUACAUGUACCAAUAUGAUAUAUUCGACAGGAUGUUAAUGAUUUGAAGGACUUUAGAUUUGAUUGCAUGGACAUUAUGAUGUUGAUUAAAUUAUAAACUGGGACUAUAUAAUGCAGUUAUUUUUAGGCACAAAUAUUUUAAAGGCAAAUCUCUCUCUCUCUCUCUCUCUCUCUCUCUCUCUCUCUCUCAUAUCUCUCUCUCUCUCUUGAUGUGUACGCAGUUGCGUACUUGUAUAUAGGCAGCUACCGCCUGUACAAAGAAAGAAAACCAAAAGAGACAAUAUGACAUACAUAUGUAUGUAUAUCGUUUUGGAGAAAAUUGUACAUUCUACAAUUGCUAGAGGGACAAUGUUAUACAAAUCUAGAUUUAUAUUCGAAAACCUUAAAAUUCGAUAAUCUUGAUAUUUAUAUGCAAAAUAUUUUUAUUCUUGAUUUAUAUUCAAUAAAUAUUUCAUUUAUAUAGUAUUCGAUAAUCUUAUCUAUAUUUGAUUAUUUUGUUAUCCAUAUUCCAUAAAUCUUGAUUUAUAUUCGAUAAUCUUGUUAAUUUAGAUUAUCAAAUCUAAAUCAAGAUUUGUUGAGCAUAGAUAAAAGAAUUACCGCAUAUAAAUCAAAAGUUUGGCAUAUAGAUAUUAAGGCUAUCGAAUAUAAAUAACAAGGUUAUCGAAUAUGUAUCAAGCUUUAUCGCAUAUAAAUAAAAUUUUCAGCAUAUAUAAAUCAAGAUUAUCGAAUAUGGAUCAAAAUUUUUGCAUAUAAAUAUAAAAAUUGUCGAAUAUAAAUAAAAGAUUUUGCGUAUAGAUAUCAAGAUUAUCGAAUAGAUAUCAAGAUUUUCACGCAUGUAAAACGUAAUAUUAUUCAAAUUUUUAAUUUAUUUGCGAAAAUCUUUAUUAUAUUCGAUAAUCUUACUAUUCAUAUUCGAUAAAUCUUGAUUUUUAUUCAAUAAUCUUGAAAUAUAGAUGCGAAAAUUUUAUUUGUAUGGGGAUAAAUUUUGAUUUAUAUUCAAUAAUAUUGAAAUUUAUAUUCGAUAAAUUUUGAUUUAUAUGCGAUAAAUUUUGAUUUAUAUUUGAUACCCUUGUUAUUUAUAUUCGAUAACCUCAUUAUGUAUAUUCGAUAAUCUUGAUAUUUAUAUUCGAUAAAUUUUGAUUUAUGUUCAAUAAUCAUUUUCGAUCAAUCUUGAUGUAUAUUCAAUAAUCCUGAUAUUUAUAUUCGAUAAAUUUUGAUUUAUAUUCAAUGAUCUUGAUAUUUAUAUGCGAUAAAUAUAUUUAUUUUUAUGCGAUAAAUUUUGAAAUAUAUUCAAUAAAUCUUGAUUAUGU